AUGUUCACGGGAGAACCAAGCCUCUUUCAUCCUCCCAUUCAUCAAAUUAUUUCAAUACUCCAAACUCCAUCACCAGUAUAUAUCAUUCUUACUACGAAUGGCACAGUACUCGUUUCCGAUUCAAUGGCUCGGAGCAAUUCACUACUUUCUCUCCUGAGAGAAUUUCAUGAUCACUGCGAAGAAGAAAAUGAAAAUUCUUUUAUAGUUUUGGAAGAAACUCAUGUCAUACGUGGUGUAGAUACAACAGUGAUGAAAAGUCAUUUCUUUUCCGAAUUUGAAUCUGUAUUUUUCAAGUACUCGUUCUUUGAGCUUUCCAGAUUAUUGGCCUAUCUUGCUGAAAUGCGAGUGAACAAGACAAACCAUGCCAAGACUGAGAUUGUGACGAUUUAUUGUCGUAAGGAUUCGUACAGACUGGCCAUGAAAGCUCUUGAAUCAAUCAAUUUCAGUGGAAAAGAAAAAGAACAAACACAGUCCUAUUUUCAAAUUCUUGAAACAAUUACCACUCCCUUUGGAGAUUGUUAUAUUCUUCCAAAAUGGAUGUUCGGAAAUGAAAACGUGAAAUGCAUUGCCACCAAUGACGGAAGUAAAAUGGCAAUUGUCACAGAAUCCAACAGCGUUUAUGUCUAUGGAAUGGAGGGAUUUUCAGGAAAAAAAGUAUUUGUCACUGAUACGAUCAGCUUCACGAAUAGACCAUUUGCCAUUCAAAUAAGGCCUCCUAAAAGCGCUUUUCAACAUGUAGAAUUUAACGAAGGAAAAUUCUUUACAUGUAAUCAAUUCCAAAUUGAAAAUGUGAAAUGUGGAAAUAAUUUCAUAGCCUGCUUGUGUAGAAACCAUGAAAUAGUAAUUGCUGGUGAUAACUCAAUACGGACUAUUGGGUUACCUUCACCAUCGUUUUAUGGAAUUUUGACACCAUUGAGAUUUAAUCAACUUAUUGAGGAUGAAAAAAAUAGAAAUGAUAACGUUAUUGACAUGGCGAGUGGAUUCUCUUUCAUAUGUUACUUAACAUCGAGUGGACAUGCCUUUUAUUCAGGUACUCUUGUCAAAAGAUGUCCAGAACGCAUUGAGCCAAUUUUAAUCUCGAACUAUGAAAAUCAGAAAAUUGUUAAAAUUGCAGCUUACGGAAAAUCGGCUACUUUUUUGUUGGAUGACCAUAGAACUCUGUGUCACAUGAUCAGCGGAUUGACAUUCAAAGAAAUUGUCUUGGAAUUUCCUGAAGAGAUAGUUGAUUUGUGUUGUGGGGAUGAUAUAUUGCAAGUUCUUACGCGAUGUGAAUCUGAUCAACCUAGGUUGCUGAAUGUAUAUACUGUUGUUUUUUCGGAGAGGGCACUACAAUCCAUUCACUCGCUCACAGACAUUGUUAUGUCACAAAAGCCAGAACAACAUGGAGUGGAGGUGAAAUAUCACAACUGUAACAGCACUUCAAUUUAUGGACUGGGGUUGUCUCCCCCUUCAUCUCUUCAUGAUGAAAAUGUUAACGGUGAUGAUGCGGUGUGUUCUCUCUAUUCAAAUUUCUCUGAUUCUCACAAAUCAUUGAGACUCUGCCUCUACUCACAAGUUUAUCGCCAAUUUGAUAGCUUAAUCAAUGGUAUUGAUACAAAGGACAUUCAAUAUAUGAAACAGAAUUUGGUGAGUUUGAUCAAAAACGCUCCAAACUUUGGCUUUCAGUCAGAUAUUUGUGUUCAAAUGGCAUGA